UCCAAUUUAUGUUAUUAUUAUUAUCACCCCUUUCCAAUAUACAUUACGCAUCUUUCUCAUCUAUGGAUCCCAAAGGUGGCAUCCUAUAAAAAAGACUGCAACUGGAAGAUGGCUUAAGCCUUUGUUAGAUUUUCUUCCUUUCAUCCUUGCUUCUCAUUUAUAUGGAGCGUUGUGGUAUCGUCUUGCUGUACAACGACAAAUAGAUUGUUGGAAGCUGCAUUGUGAAGAAAUUAGAAGACAUCAAUGUAAAUCAAUACAAGAUUUGCAGUGUCCAUACAUUGGAUAUACAUACAACUAUGAUACGACGUUGAAAAACCAGACCAUUAACUCGCGUUUGCAAGAAUUAUGCCCUACAAAAGAUGCAGAUCCAAAAGUUUUUGACUUUGGAAUAUAUCUCUAUGCUCUUCAAUCUCAUGCGACAGGUCCAUCCAAGCUUCCCAAAAAAAUCUCGCUAUCUUUUUGGUGGGCUCUACGGAACCUGAGUUCUUUUGGUUCAAACCUCUUGACCAGCAUGCAUAUCUUGGAAAUCUUCUUCUCGGUUGUGAUAUCUAUUAGUGGCAUGGCGCUAUUUUUAGUAUAUCUCAAUGCAAGAGUGCAGGAGUCAAGAGCAAGGUCAUAUCACCUUAAAUUGAACGAAAAGAAGCAUUUGAUGAAACCGGAUAUAGAUUUGUGGUUAUCUAAGAAUGAUCUGAAGACAAUGACCAAGGACUCCAAGGAUCUGAAGACAAUGACCAAAAAGAAAAAGACUCUAAAGACGGUGAUCAUUGAAAACAUAGACAAACUUGAAGAAAACACAGACAUUAAUGUGCGGAAUAUCAUUUCUAUUCUUCCCAUAAAAUUCAAAAGAAGCCUCAUCCGCCUUCUCUGCUUGCCUUCACUAAAGAAAGUGCCAAUGCUUGCAAAUUUGGAUGAAGAAAUGUUGAAAGAAAUAUGUGAGCAUCUGAAGCCAGUCAUUUACACUGAAGACAACUACAUUGUUGAAAAAGGGAAACCACUUGGUAUGAUGCUCUUCAUCACGCAAGGACUCGUAUGGAGCUACACAACCAACAACGUCAAUGUUGGAGGAACAAACUGUGGUUCCUCAACCAAUAAGUGGUUAAAGCGAGGCGAUUUUUAUGGAGAAGAGCUUUUGAACUGGGCAUUCAAAUGUCCCUCCUUUACCGACUUACCCAUCUCGACUAGAACUGUUGUGUCCCAAGAAAAAGUCGAAGCAUUUGCUCUAAGGGCUAGCGACUUGAAGAGUAUAGUCUGUAAAUUCUGGUGGCAUUUUAUCAGGGAGCUCGAACAAGCAGAUUUAGAACAGUGGGAAAAUUCAGCAGCUUCUUCCAUACAAGGAGCCUGGCGCAACCGUUUGGCAAGGGCUAGGCGUUCAAAUCGCUGGGACAAAUUUACUGUUGAAUAUUAGUGCAUACUGCAAAGUACGCAACUACACUACUGUUGCAAAGUUCUUUUGAGUAGUGCUUCUUCCAUACAGCAAGGAGCCUGGCGCAACCGUUUUGUUUUGUUUUUUUUUGUUUUUAAUGAAAUUAA